CUCCAUCUGCCCAGCUUAAACACCUACCUGUGCCUCCAUCUGCCGAGCUUAAACACCUCCCUGUGCCUCCAUCUGCCGAACUGCAACAAGUCCCUGUGCCUCCAUCUGCCGAGCUUAAACACCUCCCUGUGCCUCCAUCUGCCCAGCUUAAACAAGUCCCUGUGCCUCCAUCUGCCCAGCUUAAACACCUACCUGUGCCUCCAUCUGCCGAGCUUCAACAAGUCCGUGUGCCUCCAUCUGCCCAGCUUAAACACCUACCUGUGCCUCCAUCUGCCGAGCUUAAACACCUCCCUGUGCCUCCAUCUGCCGAACUUCAACAAGUCCCUGUGCCUCCAUCUGCCGAGCUUAAACACCUCCCUGUGCCUCCAUCUGCCCAGCUUAAACAAGUCCCUGUGCCUCCAUCUGCCCAGCUUAAACACCUCCCUGUGCCUCCAUCUGCCCAGCUUAAACAAGUCCCUGUGCCUCCAUCUGCCCAGCUUAAACAAGUCCCUGUGCCUCCAUCUGCCGAGCUUAAAGACGUCCGUGUACCAUCUUCUGCCGUGCUUAAGAACGUCCCUGCGCCUUCUUCUGCCAUGCCUAAAUUUAGUUCUAGCAUAACGAAAGAAAACUCUGCAGAUGUCCAUAGAGCACCUAUAAAGCAUUUGGCAGCUCUUCCUUCUGCACAACAUGCCAAACAGCCUCUGAAGAUUCAGAAUGUUCAAAAGAAAAUGAAUUGCCCCCAUUGUAACAUCUUGCUGUAUUUCAAAAAUUUUAAGAAGCACCUCAAAAGGAAACAUGGUACAAUGGUUAAGGACAUAACUGCAGAGACCCACCUUUCCAGUCAGUGUGUUGACUCUGAAAGAGGAAUCUUUGCUGUUACGAAAGCUUUCCAUGGCCCUCCAACCCCUGUUCAUGUUAUACAGAAAUUGUGGGGCUCAAAUCAGAAGAGUAUAUGUGAAGUUGAUGAGUGCAAUGUGAACAUGGAUGUGGCUAUCCGAAGUGGGCAUAAAGUGUUUCGUUGUUGCCAUCAAAGAUCACUUGACUACUGCUCUUUACAUGGCACUAAGGAAGAUGAGGACUUGAAAGAAGAGGUAUUAACAGAAAUGGUUUCAGCCAGGUGGUUUGGUGAGUCCAAGAAACAUCUGUGUCUUCAGAGGAAAAAAGAGGCAGCCGAUAAAGGAGCUCCUUUGGCCGUGUCCAUAAACAUUGGUCCACCUAAAAAGCACUAUGUUUCUGUAUUUGAAAAUAAACUUUCUUAUUAUAGUCGACUCGGGCGAGUGAUGGUGUUCUACGAUGCACAGAAAAACAGCUGGCAUUGUCCCUGUGUUAGAGCAAAAGUGUCCUGUCCACAUAAAUAUAUAGCUAAAUGGUUAUUGUUUCAGACCAAAAAACAUCUGUUUCGAUCAGUACGGUCAACAGAACCAUUGGAUGACCGGACAGCCCCCGAAGUUCAAGAAGAGGAAAAUGGCAAAGCGGAGAGUUUUCUGUAUCCACCUCAAGGCAAACAGUUGGAGCGUGUUGUUAGAUACAUCUUGCAUAAUAAAAAAUUGCCAGUUGAGCUUCCUGAAGAUUUAAAAAAACCAACCACUGAUGCACUUACUUCUCUAAUUCCCUUUGAAGAGUUCUGCACUGAAUGCCAUGACCAAGUUCCUUUGAGUGACCCCAUUCUUAUAACAACCAAGGCAAAAAUGGUUACACUUACCAGUGUAUUUGAAGGUAUAUCUACGUUUUGCAAGAGAUGCUACAAGUGUGGGAUGGUUUACAGAUACCAAGAAUGGUGCCAGGGUGUUCAUAAUUAUAAUGACCACAUCAUACUUGAUCUUCAUUUGUGUCUCUAUUUGAGAGCCUCCCUUCAGACACAUAACGCCACAAGCAGAGUCUUUGAGGCAAUGGAGAUGACAUCAGGUGUAAAGCUGCCACCUCAUAACAAACUACUUCAUGCAUAUCUUCAGUUCGAGGCAUUAACUCAGCAUGAGUAUACGUAUGCCUGCGUCAAAUGUGGCUAUUACCCAGCAGUCGUAAUAAUGGAUCUUCACAAAAAGGGCGUGUUUAACAUGCCAGUAAGUGAGAUCCCAGUACCAGUUCAGACCUACAAUGGGCAAGUCAACAUGACCGAAUUCUGGAACUCUGUAGCACUGGAGAUGGUUGCCCAUGGAUUUGUUUCUAGCACUCAGCAGAACCCUUUUGCUGUCCAUCCAACCUUUUCAUAUUGGGCACCAUGGAUUGGACCUCACACGAGAAAGACUGAUGAUGUUCUCAAUACAGAAUGGGAAAAAGUGCAUCAUUCUGCAAAGCAAGCAGAAAGGGCAGAUUUGGAUGUUUCAGAGGACCGGCUUCUCAAUGAAGUCUUGAACCUAAAAGUGGAGGAUGUAAGAAAGCUAUGCAAAGUGAGUGGUGUAGAUUCUUCAGGUUCAAAAAUUGACCUUGUUCUUCGACUCCGUGAAGAAAUCAAAAGCAGGAAUGCUUACAACAAAAUAUUUGAAAAGGUUUGGGGAGCAUCAGGUGGCUGGGCUACUAUCAUGUGUCCUUGUGGUGUUGUCUAUAGCUUGAAAUUUAAUAUGAGAGCUGAAAGUCCAAGAGAUUACAUGGAUUUAUUACUCUCCUGGAAACAUAUGCCCAAUGUGACUGUGUAUGACUUUGCCAGGGGGUUGGCAACCCAUGGGAACUUGAGAUAUCCAGCAGUGUUGCCAUUUACUCCAAAUGAGGGAAGACUGUUAAAGCCAACAGAAGAAAGCAUUCAGCUUGCAAAAGAAGGAAAAAUCAAAGUGCAUCUUCCAUGGCUCAAAGAAAAAAAGAAGAUUCCAGAUGAUUGUGGUCAUCCCAUAACUGGUUCUGCAGAUCACUAUGUUUUAUACGACACCCUUCACGAAUCAAACACUAAAGAUAGUAAGGAUGUUCUCAGAAGAAUCGCUCUUGUCCCCGAGCUCGCAGGAUGGAUGAAUAGCCAAGUCGCUGAGCAACUUUUUGCACAAAUGGAAAGGAACAACUAUUUUUUAAAUAUGAUGACUCCAAGUGUGCAGAUCUUCCUAAUCAGAAAUAUUGUCCAUCACAAGAACCAACUAUUGAACAAACAUAUAACAGAAAAGAUUCAAAAAGCAAUGGGAAAUUUCAACGUCACUUUAAAUGCAUUUGGCCAAGCAGUCAUAUGUAAGGAAGAUUCAUCAGUGAGUAGGAGUUCAAGUGAUGUUGCAACACAAAAAACAUUGUCUGAGGAUCCAGUCAAAAUUCCAGUGACUGCUGCACACACGUUCACUGGUACCAAUUCUUGGGCACCUCAGGAUAUGCUGCCAGUAUGGGGUCAGCCACUACAUCCACAUCACCAGAAAAUGCUGACAUAUGUCCUGGACCCCAUUAAAGAUCCAAAUGAACAUAUUGCCGGUGUAGGAACAACUAUGCUGACGCGGUCAGAUUUUUGGACUUUAGGACUGGCCAAUGAUCUUGAGGCGACGAUUGCAAAUUGCUGCUUUCGAGUCAUAGAACACCUCGCUUUCCAGCAGGACAUAAAUGUGUUUGUUGCAAAUUGCUACAUAGUUGCGACUUGGAUGCCACCCCUUUGUGCAGAGCCACAGUUGUCCUUUCCUGCUGAUAUUGCCCAGAAAGACGUUGUGGCCUUUCCCUCUUGGAUGUCUGGACACUGGAUGUUAUGUAUCUUGAAACCAAAGGAACGAGAAAUGUAUUUUCUUGACCCUAUUGAGCAGUCUGCAUUUGGACAAUACAUUGCCACAUUCAGAAAAAUAGCAAAAAUGAUUGAUGACAAAACUUGGACCGAGAGAACUGCAGAUUCAUUUGAGGAAAUCCCAAGACAAAAAGGAGGCAACAACUGCGGUAUAUAUGUGCUGAUGUAUACACUUUACAUUGCUCUGGGUCAGAAGUUUGAUUUUACAGAGGCAAGUCCUUAAUUAUCAUAACUUACUUUCAAAGUACAUUCUGUCUAUUGAGUUGGACAAAAAGGUUAUUUGUUUAUUUCAGGAAGACAUGCCUUUCAUCAGAAGAUGGUGGUGUACUCUGCUGAUGACUAACUUCGCUGUGCAAAUGCCAAGAUGUAAGUUAUCUGAAGGAGAGGAUGGAAGUGAUGAGCCUCCUUUUAAGAAACAACGCCUCCAGGAACAAUCAGAUUGCAGAGGUGCAAGAAAACCUGAGGACUCACAGGAGAAUGCAACAAUCCUGCAGAUCCCAAAUGAAAUUUUACAAAGGAUCCUCCUGGAGGUGGUUCUAAGUCAGGGUGAUUCUGCAUACUUGAACAUAUCUUUGGUAUGCCGGAGAUUCAGGGACAUUGUUGGACAUCCAGGAUUUAAACAAGAGGCUCACUUUUCCUGGCUUGACAGUGUUGUCAACUGGAACAACUUUUCAAAAGAGUUCUGUGAGGAAUACAGGGUGAAUUACACCAUCUCUGAGUGCUUCACCUGCAAGACCCUUUUCAAGUCAUGUCCACCCGGCUACAAAGGAGGAGGCAAACGAGGAGUGUUGGAGGGGUUUUAUUCCACUGUGGACUGGCCAGAUUUUUGUUCCCAGGACUGUUUUUGUGUGUCAGGGGGACAGUUGUAGCUUCUUUAACCAGUGUGCCGUGAGGUAUUUUAAGGUGUGCCAUGGAACAUGGUCAAUAAAUUUAUUUUCUUUUGUGUCAAUGUGUUAACAUUUUAGUGAUCUACAGUAUAUAUGUGAGCAUAUUUUGGCAAUGAAAUAAAUAUUUUUGCUGAGAAGUA